CCAAGCCCAUGGUCAGCGGUCACUCAGAUUGCAGAUCGUCUUCCCGGGCUCAUGGAUUGCCCUGACUUUCUAAGUCAGGAGGAAAAAGACUUUGUUGAAAGCAUCCGCCAGAGAUUUUCCGAGGAACUGACGAGCAGAGAAGCUGAGGGCAAAGCUUACCUUUGCUUCUUUGGGUCAGUGGCAGUUGCCCGCAUCCUUGGGGCUGUUGAGGGCAAUGUUGACAAAGCUCAUGAGUGGUUUCAAACACUCCUCAGGACCCUAUCCGACCCCAAAACCGAAGCUUUAGUGCAAGAUGUCUUGCAGCGAGUGGCAGACUGCAAGUCUGAGAAGAGAGAUGGGAGCAUCUUGCCGCAUUAUGACACUGUGAAGGACUUCUUCAAUGUUCAACUUUGUGCUCCCAAGCUCUCCCCAGAUGGAGAUGCCAUUAUGUAUAUGGCAAUGCAAGAUCUUGACAGAGACGGAAUCUUGCAACAUUUGGAUUGGGAGCACUGGGUCACAUUUAGCCGGGCAUGCACCGUGCUUCACUGCGUCAUCUUGGACGAGAUUAGCCGAGAAAGCAAUCGGAUGGCCCGGAUCACCCUUAUUGUUGAUGCAGAAGGGCUUUCCCUGGAAGGUAUGGCGCACCGAACCUUCUCGCGAGCACACCGUCGAGACGUGAUCGACAGCUUUCAGCAGAAAGUGGCGGCAGAGAUCGUCGCAUCGGUCUAUGUGGUGAAUGUGCCAUGGACAAUCGCCAAUCUCUUUGGCCUAUGCAAAACAUUCCUCCCAGCGAAAUUCUUGCAGAAAUUCCGCGUUUUGAGUGGAGAUUCUUUGAAAGACACGUCCUUUGUGACGCAGUGUGGUGGUCAAGAGCAGGUGUCAAGUUUCUUUGAGUCCCGAAAAGGCCUGGCUUCAGACAAUAGUCAUACACAUGACAGGCACCAGCUUUUUAAUAUGAACACCUGGCCGGAUGAAGAUGAACUUCAAUCCAUCGCUCAUUUGCGGGAGAAAUUCGGCCAGCAGAUCAGUGAACGAAAACAGCGCGGUGCUGAUUGGCCAUGUUUCUUCAGUGAUUUGGCUUUGGCCAGGGUGCUGCGUGGCAAUGAACGCUAUUUCUCUGAAGCCAGCAAUUGGUUUCAAGCUUUCCUGAAGAAGAUGGAGAAAUACAAUGUGGACGCGAUUGUGAAAGAAAUGACUCAGCGACUGGAAUCCGGAGAGGGCUCCCGGGCCUCAUUUAACAUGUUGCCACAUGCAGAUGAGAUCGGCAAGUACUUCCGUUGUACAUUUUCUGCCAUGAAGCUGACUCCAGCAGGUGAUGUGAUUUGGUUCAUUCCCUUGGGUGACUUCGACCGAAAAUCUCUGGCAGAGAACGUGCAAUGGGAGCAUUUUGUGGAAUUUGUCCGUGCAAUGAUCGUUCUACGUGCGAUUGAGGCCCAGAAAUUGAGCGAAGGACAGCAUCGCAUGGCGAAAUGCAUCGCCAUUGUGGAUUUGCAGGGCAGUGGAAUUGGCACCACAGGAGUACCCAAAGUGGAGUCCUUUGAUGAACCCAACCAGAAGAAUGUGGCCUUUAUGAGAGAGAUUAUCAUUGACAUUCUUGGUCCCGUUUAUGUCUUGAACGCUCCUUGGGUCGCUGUAAAGGCCUUCAACUGGUUCCAGUCUUUGGUCCCCGAGCGUUUUUCCCGGAAACUGGUCCUGCUGGAUGGGGAUGGCACAGCGGAUCCCGACUUCCUGGACUUGGUGGGGGAAAGUCAGCUGAAGCAUCUGCUGGCCACACGAGUUGGGCUCCUGUCUGGUGAGGUCGAUGGAGAUUUUGGAGAUACAGUCGUCUCUGCAGGUGAAUCCUUGAGUAAAUGCCGUGACCUGAAGCGUGGUGAGAGCAUUUCAUGGGCCACUACCGUGGAAGCUGGUGAUGCUGACUCCUGGUUGGGUGUGUCUGACAUCAUCUCCUCUGCUACGGUCAUAUUUCAUCCCGAACUCAAUGCUCAAGAAGUUGCAGAGGAUGAAGUUUCUCUGGAAGAACUGCCAAUUCUGGCCUCAGAUGGCGAAGUGACUCGAGAAUACACGGCAGACCGCGAUUGUGUCAUUACACUAUGCUGGAGCAAUGAACAUAGUCGAAUGCGCGCGAAGGGUCUUCGAUAUCAUAUCGAACUGCAGGCAAAGCCCAGCAGCGAUCCCAAAUGAAGCGCUCAAAGGGCAUCCUUCGAUUCAUUGUGAAAA